AUGAUAUCCACAGACGAUACAGAGACGAAAAGGAAGCAGGUGAUUGAUGACGAAAAUGUUUACCCGCAUAAAAAAGUGUUUAUGGAGGAAAAUGCUGUGGAGGGUGAUUUGGAGGUGGAGGUAGAUGGCGACCCGACGACGGACUCGGACGAUGACUACGACUUGCUGCGCACUGAUACUCCUCAUUUAGCCCCUACCCCAUGCGAGUUUUCAGCUCAGAAUUUAGCUCUGGCCAAGGAGAGCGUUGACAAGAUUGUGGCAAAAGCCUGCAGUGCUCUCGAGAAAUCCGCCAUCACCAACCUUGAUGCCGAUACUUUGUCUUCCGAUACCUGCUCGAGCACAACGCUUACCGAGGCUGGCGAUGAUGAUCAUGUACCGGAUGAAGGAAUCAGAAACCGUAGACAGGGGCAUCGCUCUUUGAACUUGGAGGAGAUGCCUCCCCACGCCAAUGCUUUUACGGGUGCGCUGCCGGGGGAUCGCGGCCACAGAUCUUCGCCGCCGAAUCUGGACGCAACGUGGACUAUGACGAGUCAUUUUGAAUUCUUCCCGUCUGUUUCUGAAUUGUCAGCUAAGGAUUUGGAUGGCUUGACUGAAGGAUGGUUUGCAUGGCACUGUCUGUCCUCGUAUUCGGAAGGGAGAUUUGAGUCUGAGUCUGAGUCUAGAAGCGAUGGCCCGCAGUGA